UGUAGUGAUAACGGACCACUUAGCCCUGAAAUGGUUAAAUUCCAUCGAAAGCCCAUCCGGCCGAGUAGCAAGAUGGGCGUUGGGACUACAACCAUUCACAUUCGAAAUACGCUAUCGGAAGGGGAAGCUCAAUGCAGUGGCGGACGGAUUAUCCCGCUUACCACGCGAAGAGGUGAGAAUCACAGAGCUGGUGGAAUGCGCUUGGUACGAAGCAAAGUGGAAACAGAUACAAACAAACCCGAAAAUAGCAGAAGACUACACUAUAAAACACGGACGAUUAUACCGACACAUACCAAGCCAAACGGAUGAAGACAUCCAACCAUGGAAGCUAUGCGUGCCAAAACAAGAAAGGCAUAGGGUAUUAACGGAAAACCAUACGAACCCAACGGCAGGCCACCUAGGGAUACGACGCACAAAAAUAAGGAUCCAACAGCGAUAUUUUUGGCCAGGGAUAAGCAGAGAUGUAACAAAAUUCAUCAGAGAAUGUGAAAGCUGCCAAAAAUUCAAAAUCUCGCAACAAGCAGCGGCGGGAAAAAUGCUAACAAAAGUCGCCGAGGCCCCGUGGGAAACGAUAUGCGUCGAUUUCGUAGGACCCCUACCAAGAACAUCGCACGGGAACACAGUACUCAUCGUAUUCAUCGAUAAAUUUUCGAAAUGGAUAGAGGUGACACCAGCGAGGAAAGCAACCGCCGAUACAUUCAUAAAAGCGUUCCGAGAAAAAAUACUAGCACGAGGAGGAACACCAAAACAGCUGAUAUCAGACAACGGCGUGCAAUUCACAAGCAGGAAAACCAAACAGAACCAUGGACAAAUUUAAUAAUAGCGCACGGAAAUUCAAGCGACAAAUGGAGGAAAGUAAGGCGAAGGAACGCAAGGUGGAGGUCAUACCAGCGCCGCCACAGCUAGGAGGAAGGACAGGGACCGAAGGGACCAGAAAGAAGAGGAUAAGCUGGGCCAACAACACCAGACCCGAGCCGGCUCAACCAAGGGCCACUGAGCGGAUCAGCUGGGCACGACAAGUCGAGCUGGAAGAAAUAGACAACGAUAUAUUGGACAUCGGAGGACCAGCCAAGAGUCAAAACGCAGAAGUACGGAGGCCAGAUCCGACACCAAACACGGCAUCUCAGGGUCGACCACCACGAAAAGCAGAGGCACAGACAUCCGGUCAGGAGACAACACGGACCUACAAAACAUGCAUAAAGGCCGCCAUACCCAGCAACUGGGAGGUCCCCCAAGGGUGCGAACUCAGCAAAAAUCAAGUGGCGACCGUCCAGCGGGCGAUCGAUGACCGGAAAAGCCACCACCAAAGACGAUUCAAGCUGUGGAGUGAGGAAAUACCAGACCGGGCAUGCUGGGUGAAAAUCGGCAGAUCGGGAGACGUGCGACUAGGCAUCUGGUUCAACGCAGCGGGGACAUCCGGACGACCCACCCUAGAAGUGGAGGGGGGAGUGUGACGCCCAGCUCGACCCAGCGCCAAGCGUCACAAAAACAACAACAU